GUAGCCGCGACAGGGUGCCGCGACAGAGCUAGAGAGAGAGAUAGCGAUGGGAGUGGAGAAGCAAGUCAUCAGACCCGGCACCGGACCCAAACCCACUCCGGGUCAAACAGUCACCGUCCACUGUACCGGAUUCGGGAAAGGUGGUGAUCUAUCCCAGCAGUUCUGGAGUACAAAGGACGCUGGGCAAGAACCUUUCUCCUUCCAAAUCGGUAAAGGUGAUGUCAUCAAAGGAUGGGAUGAAGGCGUUAUGGGGAUGCAAAUUGGAGAGGUUGCUCGCUUGCGGUGCUCACCGGAUUACGCGUAUGGUGCUGGUGGAUUUCCAGCAUGGGGAAUCCAACCUAACUCGGUUCUUGAGUUUGAAAUCGAAGUACUCAGCGUGAAGUGAUGAUGAUGAUCUCUCUAGCUCCAAAAAAAAAAAAAAACAGUGGGAAUGUUAUUGAUCUAUAAAAAAAGCACAGCAAAACUUGAAUGCUAAGUUUUUAAGCUUCUAGCCUUUUGUCUUCCUUGCUUCUGGGAUUUCGUUGAAACAAAACUUUGUGAUUGUCACACUUCUCAGUGUUAUUCUAAAACUCUACCCACAACAUUUUUAUCAUAAAUAAUAGACCCGUCUCUUGUUUCAAUC